AGUAUUUUGGCCGCUAGAAGCUGCCAUAGGCAUGGAUGGCUUCCAUGCUGGUGCCUGCGCGUGCAGGGCUUGAGGCGAUGCCUGUUGGAGCCCACAGCGCAGCUGACUUGCGUUCAGCUGAAGGCCAGUGAGGUGUCCAUGGAUCAGCCGCCCGCGCCAUCGCCUUCAAAGCCAUCGACGCCCUCCACGCCCGCCUGGCCGCCGACCACAGCCCCGGUCGCGAGCGAGAAAGCGGAUUGGUGUGUAGGCACCGUGUACAUCGUUUCGGAUGACCCCGAUGAUCCGCUCUCCACGAUCUGGCUGCGGGGCAAGCAGAUGCAGGUGUGCCGAAGAUCUUUGUACAUGUUCCCGCUGAGCAGCUGCAUCAGAAGAAGAGUGAUUGAGCUCGUGACAUGGUUUGCUUUCGACAAGUUCAUCCUGUUGCUCAUUAUCUUCAAUUCACUCUGCCUAGCCUCAUAUGAUCAUCGUAGUGAAGAUGAUCGCGGCUUCAACUGGGUCUCGGACAACAUCUUCGACCCCAUACUCACAAGUUUUUUCACUUUGGAGUUCAUUUUGAAGGUCAUCGCGUUUGGGUUCGUCAUGGAUGAGACGUCCUACCUGCGAGAUGCUUGGAAUUGGCUGGACUUCAUAGUGGUCAUCACCGGCAACCUUCAGAUGACGAAUGCCAUCACCAGCACAGAAGGCGUCGGAUUCCUGCGAAUGUUCAGAAUUUUGCGGCCGCUGCGCUCACUCAAUGCCGUGCCUCAGAUGAAGCUCUUGGUGAACACCGUCUUGAGCUCGAUUCCGAGACUCGGCAAUGUGAGCAUCAUGGCCGCCUUUCUCUUCUGCACCUUCGGAAUUUUAGGAAUCUCCUUGUUUGGCGGCGUCUUCUAUCGAAGUUGCCGAACCAGUGCUCAGCCGCUGCUCCUGGGGAGCAAUGGCACUGAGUGCUGGUCGUGGCCGCGCACGGCGGAUGAGCAGCUCUGCGGGGGCCGUUUUUUGUGCGAGGCGAAGCACAGCGUGUCCGGAGAGAAGGGAUAUUGUGGCGGUCAUCCCCAAGACCCCAACGAGCAGUUUCGCCCAGUUUUUGAAGGCGGCCAGCGGAAUUUCCCAUGGUGCACGGGGUCGGAGCCGAAGCAGGUGUUUCCAGAGAGCGAGUGGAUUUGCUUCGAUCACAUGGGUACAGCACUGAUCACCAUCUUCCAGUGCAUGACACUUGAGGGCUGGACAGAUGUGAUGUACCGACUUCAGGAUGGCUACGGCUUCGAAGUUGCCACAAUCUACUUCUUCCUGCUGGUUCCCGUCACCUCCUUCUUCCUCUUAAACGUCGCACUUGCCGUGGUGGAUGAGGCACGCGAGGACUUUGCGGAGGAGGCAGCGGAGGAAGCUGCAGAGGAGGAGGAAAAGAUUGAAGCGGAGGCGGAGAUGUCAGAGCCUGUGCACGAGUUUGCCCCAGAUUCGCGGCCCAGUGGAUACGCGCCCGUGGCCUGGAUGGGUCACUUGGUGGAUGCGGCAGGGGAUGUGACCAGGGCCAUGUCAAAAGCGCUGGAUGCCCCUGCGGACAGCGAUGACCAGGAGGCUCCCUGGCUCGAUGUGACCCUGGUGAGGAUCUUAAAGCGGAUUGCCACCAAUGAGGUGUUCACAAACAUCAUCAUGUGCUUCAUUGCGGCGAAUGUGGUCACCAUGAUGAUGGACGGAUACCCGCCCAUCUUGGUCUUGCAGGACUUUCUGGCCACCUGUGAGAUCCUGUUCCUGGUGAUCUUCUGCGUGGAGAUGUGCAUCAUGCUUGGCGCCUACGGGCCCUGCAGGUACUUGCGAACGCCUGUCAUGUGCUUCGACGGCAUAAUUGUGACCAUUUCUGUGGUGCAGGUCUUGACCUCCCCGGACGGAGAGGGCGGCCCCUUCACGGCACUGCGCACUUUGCGGCUCUUCCGGGUGCUCAACAAGCUGGCGAGCCGAUGGCCCUCCUUCCGGGUGCUGCUGAAAGCCAUGCUCUACACCGGGAAGUCUUUGAGCUAUUGGAUUGUUCUGUUUUCCUUGGUCCUGUACAUUUGCACCCUGAUGUUCAUCCAGCUCUUCCAGAGCAAGUUUCAUUUCGUCGACGUCGACACACUCGGGGAGGUAGCCCCCGACCAGGGCCAGCCAUGGUGUGCGGGCACGGAGGGUUUGGCCUCGAACUUCAGACAGGACUGCAUCCCGCGGGCCCACUUCGACACCUUCCUUUGGUCGCUGGUGUCGAUUUUCCAGAUCAUGACGGGCGAGAACUGGAACAUGAUCAUGUAUGCUGGCAUGCGAGCACAGGGCUGGACCUUCGGAGUCUUCUUUGUCCUCCUCAUCAUAUUUGGCCAGAUCCUCUUCCUCAGCUUGUUCUUGUCCAUGUUGCUGUCCAGAUUCGACGAGGUCCAGGACGAAAUGGAGAGGAAGGAGGCAGAGCUCAGGAGCAAGACGCGGGCCGAUGAAAAGACCCACAGCUUGAAGUCUCUCUUCCGCGCUGUCAGCAGCUUGCGGAAUGUUGCAACCACCUGGCGGGAGGCCGUUCAGGAGAGGAAGGUAGCGCCGGAUCAGGACCUCGUCAGCGAGCCGAAAGCGAUCCGAGGGGCCGCGGUGCGCAGCACGCCGCUUUGGGCGUCGAAGCUUUGGAGCGCCACCCGCUGGACCUCGCGGAGCUCGAAGCUCUUCCUCGUGACCUCGCGCGGCGCGGCGGCGCGGCGGUUGCCGCGGCGCGGGGGCCGGCGACGCGGGUGUUUGGUGGAGGUCUCAAAGCCAAGAAGACGUGCCUGGCCCGUUUUCUGCCCUCGAUGCUGAGGCGCGCGGACUCGCAGAGGUGGUGCCCCGGCACUCCCGCCGAUACAUGUCUCGAAUGAGCCAUGCCAAGGUGAGGGACGCCGCCGUGAGCAGCGCCGCAGGGGCCUUGUACAGCGCGAAGCUGAGCGCCACUUUGCCCAGACACAGCGCCAGGCCCCCGGCGAAGAGCAAACGCUUGUGCAGAGGCAGCACCGUCCUCGGGAG